CAUAAAUAGUUCACGCACGGAGCGGCGGGAGAGCUGCAUACGCCAUCAUGGCGGCGCCCUGUUGCGGCGCGUCCUUUCGCUUCGAGUUUUGUCCGGGGCGGGGGUCUGGGCUUUAGGCUGGUAGUAUUUAGUUUCACAAUGUUUGGGGACCUAUUUGAAGAAGAUUAUUCCAGUGUGUCAAAUAAUCAUUAUGGAAAAGGGAAGAAAUUAAAGACCAAAGCUUUGGAGCCACCUGCUCCUAGAGAGUUCACCAAUUUAAGUGGAAUCAGAAAUCAGGGUGGAACCUGUUACCUCAAUUCCCUUCUUCAGACUCUUCAUUUCACACCUGAAUUCAGAGAAGCUUUAUUCUCUCUUGGCCCGGAAGAGCUUGGUUCCUUAGAGGACAAGGAUAAACCUGAUGCAAAGGUCCGAAUCAUACCUUUGCAGUUACAGCGGUUGUUUGCACAGCUUCUACUCUUAGACCAGGAAGCUGCAUCCACAGCCGACCUCACUGACAGCUUUGGGUGGACCAGUGAUGAGGAAAUGAGGCAACAUGAUGUGCAGGAACUGAAUCGAAUUCUCUUUAGUGCUUUGGAAACUUCUUUAGUUGGAACCUCCGGCCAUGACCUCAUCAACCGUCUAUAUCACGGAACCAUUGUUAACCAGAUUGUUUGUAAAGAAUGUAAGAAUGUCAGUGAAAAGCAGGAAGACUUCCUAGAUCUAACAGUAGCAGUUAAAAAUGUAUCAGGUUUGGAAGACGCACUCUGGAACAUGUAUGUAGAGGAGGAAGUUUUUGACUAUGACAACUUAUACCGCUGUGGAAACUGUGACAGGCUGGUUAAAGCAGCAAAGUCGGCCAAACUACGUAAGCUGCCUCCCUUUCUUACAAUUUCGUUAUUAAGAUUUAAUUUUGAUUUUGUGAAGUGUGAACGAUACAAGGAAACAAGCUGUUACACAUUCCCUCUUCGGAUCAAUCUCAAGCCUUUUUGUGAACAGAGUGAAUUAGAUGACUUGGAAUAUAUGUAUGACCUCUUCUCAGUUAUUAUACACAAAGGUGGUUGCUAUGGAGGACAUUAUCACGUGUAUAUUAAAGAUGUCGAUCAUUUGGGAAACUGGCAGUUUCAAGAGGACAAAAGUAAACCAGAUGUGAAUUUGGAAGAUACUCAGAAUAAAGAGGAGAUUGAUGAUCCAUUGAUGAUUCUAAAAGCAAUUUUAUUACAGGAGGAGAGUAAUCUAAUUCCUGUUGAUCAGCUGGGCCAGAAACUCUUGAAGAAGAUAGGAAUAUCUUGGAACAAGAAGUACCGAAAACAGUAUGGACCACUGCGAAAGUUUUUGCAGCUUCAUUCUCAGAUAUUUCUGCUCAGUUCAGAUGAAAGUACAGUUCGUCUAUUGAAGGACUCUUCUGUCCAGGCUGAGUCUGAUAUCCAAAGAAAUGAUCAACAACUUUUCAAGACACUUACUUCAGAAUCCUCAGGAUUAAAUGAUAGACCCUCCUGUCCCCACUGGUUUGAUAUAAAUGAUUCCAGAGUCCAACCAAUCAAGGAAAAGGAUAUUGAACAGCAAUUUCAAGGAAAAGAAAGUGCCUACAUGCUGUUUUAUCGGAAAUCCCAGUUGCAGAGACCCCCUGAAGCUCGAGCUAACCCACGAUACAAGGUUCCAUGUCAUUUGCUGAGUGAAAUGGAUGCAGCUAACAUUGAACUACAAAUAAAAAGGGCAGAAUGUGAUUCUACAAACAAUACUGUUGAAUUGCAUCUCCACCUCGGCCCCCAUUAUCAUUUCCUCAAUGGGGCUCUGCACCCAGUAGUGUCUCAAACAGAAAGCAUGUGGGAUUUGACCUUUGAUAAAAGGAAAACUUUAGGAGAUCUUCGACAAUCAAUAUUUCAGCUGUUAGAAUUUUGGGAAGGAGAUAUGGUUCUUAGUGUUGCAAAGUUUGUACCAGCAGGACUUCAUGUUUGCCAGACACUUAAUGGAGAUGACCUGACACUGUGUGAAAUUGAAAUCGCUGAUGGAGAAGACAUCUUUGUAUGGAAUGGGGUGGAGGUUGGCGGAAUCCAGAUUCCAACUGGUAGCGACUGUGAACCUCUGCUUUUAAAUGUUCUUCAUGUAGCAACAAGCAGUGAGGGAGAGGAGUGUCAGCAGUUGAAAGAAUCUCCACAUGUCUUUCCAUCUAAUGCAGAAAUAGGCACUGUAUUCACAGCUCUAGCAAUUCCAGAGGGAGUCAUCUUAAUCAACAACACUGAAUCUAGAGAUGAAGAGAACUGGACCACCAUUCCCAAGGAAGACUUGAAAAAGACAUUCAGAGAGCAAGGCCUCAGAAACGGAAGCUCAGUUUUAAUCCAGGGCUCUCAUGAUGGUAACAGUUUGUUGACAAAACAAGGGAAAUGGAUCAAUACUGUGAAUGAGAUCAACUGGCUCCAAGUUAAAAAUUUAAGCCAAUUAGAAUCUGAAGAGGAGCAAGUUAAAAUAUCAGCAACUCUUAACACAGUGGUGUUUGAUAUUCGAAUUAAAGCCAUAAAGGAAUUAAAAUUAUUGAAGGAACUAGCUGAGAACAGCUGUCUGAGGCCUAUUGAUAAAAAUGGGAAACUGCUUUGUCCAGUGCCAGACAGAUACACUCUGAAGGAAGCAGGACUGAAGAUGGGGAGUUCAUUGGGACUAUGUCCUGGAAAAGCACCAACUUCCUCGCAGCUGUUCCUGUUUUUCGCUUUGGGGAGUGAUGUUCACCCUGGGACAGAGAUGGAGAUUAUAGUAGAGGAAACUGUAUCUGUGAGGAAUUGUCUGAAGAUAAUGCUGGACAAAUGUGGCCUCACAGGAGACACAUGGCAUUUACGAAAAAUGAAUUGGUGCUUUGAAGCUGGGGAGCCUUUAUGUGAAGAAGAUGCAAAGCUGAAAGAGCUUAUGAUCUGUUCUGGAGAUACUUUGCUUUUAAUUGAAGGAAAACUUCCUCCUCUGGGUUUCCUAACGGUGCCCAUUUGGUGGUACCAGCCUCGGGGGCCACUGCAUCACUGGAAGGAUCACCAGGACCAGACGAAUUGUACCCUUUCUCAAGGCAGCGUCUGGAAAGCCAGUUCCACUCCAGGUGCUCCCAGUGACGCACACGCGGAAGUUUCCCUCUGGUACUUGGGAGACCUUGAAAUCUCAGAAGAUGCCACCUUGGGGGAGCUGAAGUCUCAGGCCAUGACCUUGCCCUCCUUGGAGUUUUCCAUCCCAUCCCCAGCUUUCCUCCGAGCCUGGACGGUGGAAAGUAAGCGCCCGGGCCGGCUCUUACGAGCCCACCAGCAGCAGCUCAAGGAAUAUAAAUUGGGAAAGAGAACUGAGAUCUGCUUAGAGCCCCUUCAGAAAGAAGAAAACUUGGGCCCCUGGGACGUGCUGCUGCGGACACAGAUGCGCCUCCCUGGCGAGAGAGCCUACGGCCCGCCCGUGGACGUGCUGUGGGACACGGCCCGCGGCUGGACAGCCGGCUCCCUGCGGCAGCGAGUGGCCGACGUGUACUCACUUCCCGUGGAGAAAAUUGAAAUUGCCAAAUACUUCCCUGAGAAGUUUGCGUGGCUUCCAGUAUCUAGUUGGAACCAGCAAACUACCAAGAGGAAAAAGAAGAAAAAGCAAGAUAAUUUGCAGGGUGCACCUUAUUACUUGAAAGAUGGAGAUACUAUUGGUGUUAAGAAUCUCCUGGUUGAAGACGAUGAUGAUUUCAGUACCGUCCGAGACGACAUCGGAAAGGAAAAACAGAAAGAGCUCGCCCUGGGGAAGAGGAAAAGCCGGGAGGCCCUCCGUGCGCAGAGCAGCGACGUCUUCUGUGGUGCAGAGACGCCCGCCCGGGCCCGUGGACCAGAAGCUUCUCUCUCCAUCCACGUCGGGAGUUUCAGAUAGCGCCGCGGGGCGGGACAUCGUGGGACUUCCGGUGCUCUCGCUCCAGGGCGGGGAGGGCGGGACAGCGUGGGACUUCCGGUGCUCCCGCUCCAGGGCGGGGGGAGGGCGGGACAGCGUGGGACUCAAGGUGCUCCCGCUCCAGGUCCCCGAGAGCGGGCCUGCUGCUCUCUGUCCUGUGCAGACCCGGGCUCCACUGCCCGGCUUUGUCACCAGCAGAGGAGGCUUUCAUCUCAGGCCAGGUGGCCGUGCUUCUGCCAGUUCUGUGGGGCGUCCCCCGGGGCCGGCACAGACUGGCCAGCCCCUCACCCUGCACUCGACGCCCCGCAUGUCUUUACAUGAAAGACGGCUCAUUCUGCACUAACUGUGGGUGAGGAUGCGGCGGCACGUUGCUAAUCUCCGCCAGGCCCGCGCGUUCAAGCUCGCUCGCCCACUCCUUCCGCUGUCGAGGUGACGCUCUGUACCUAGUCCCCCAGGUUCUGACGGCUCACGUCACAGAAACUGGCUCCCAGACGGCACCCCUCCCCUUGGGGCUGUUAGGUCUGUGAUUCUAAGGCGGUGCCUCUCUUUCCUGGAGAGCAGCCCAGCGGGGCACCCUCUGGUCAGGUACGUGCUGCUGGGGCGUGGGCAGCCCCCGCCCGCCUGUGCCGUCCAAGGUCGGGGGUCCUCACUGCUGCCGUCCUGCUGCCUGCGGGGGCCGCGUGUUUCCCUGUCCAGGAGCCCGACCGGGAGGCGGGGUCACGGCAAGCAGGCCUGGUGGGCAGGGGGCCAGCCCUGAGCAGCCGUGAUUAAAACAGGAGAGAAGGAAAAUGUGGGCUAAAAUUCUUCUUAAUUCGACAUGGCUUAGCAGUCUUUAAAAGGUUUAAUAGAUGUCUAUGACAAAUAGAGCAUCUGUGUUCCUGUUGAUGGAUUUAGGACACUGGGGUGAUUCAGUGUCUCAAGCUAACUCAGGCCAAAGCAGGAACUCCGAAGAAGAUAAUACUUCUUCAGAUCUCAGUGAUGGUUUAUUGCGACUGUGCUGCUAAGUACGGUUAUCAUCUUGAUUUUACACACUUUCAUCAGCCUUUUUGGAGAAGGAAAUGGCAACCCACUCCAGUAUUCUUGCCUGGAGAAUCCCACGGACAAAGGAGCCUGGUGGACCACAGUCCAUGGGGUCGCAGAGUCAGACACCACUGAGUGACUGACACACACAUCAGCCUUUUUCUCACUUAUACUAAAAUAGCUUUGAACUGUUAGAAGAAAGUGACACGCGUGGACUAGGGUCUCCGCCUACGACCCCAGCUUGAGGAAUUGAGGGGCUGUUGCUGCGCCCUAGCUGCUCUUCCAGGCGCUGACGGGACAGAGGAGUGAACGGCCGGCCUUUCCUUCCUCUGCCCUCCCCCAAGACGGCGUCAGAAACCCUCCUCUCCUCCGCGUGCGCGUCAUGAUUUACGUGCUGGUCGGUAUGGAAGCAGCUGUGUUUUAAGAAGUUGGACUUUGGCGAGUACUUCCGGCUCUCCAGCACCACCUCCGUCUCAGGCGACUCUCCAGGGCACCCGGUGGGCGGGGACCGUGCCACAGUGUUGGCGUGGGACCGAGCGAGGCUGGCCCCGUGCCCCAUCCGGGCUCUCUGUGCCCCUUCGUUCCACCGUAGCCCGACAGUGACUACCAGCCAGGAAGCCAGAGGCCCCGCUGGAGGUCACUCACCGCAAGAAAAGGUCGAGGUGCCUUGGGUGUCCACGUGAGCGGCCUGGCCUCCGCUCCCCUCCCUUCCUUCCUUGCAGUUCGGGCAUGGAGCGGGGCUACCGCGAGAAAGCGCUAAGAUUUUGUUAAAAAAUAAACUUGGAUUUGUAGCCUCCUGUC